AUGUCCAUUGUGGUAUCCCUGGCGGUGGGUGGUAUAACGCUCAUCGGAGGGUUGGAGGAUCUACGGUUCGAACGCAAGCGGAGAUACGGGAAGAUGUCGGAAGCGGGGUGUAAUUGUGGUAAAAAGGGCGGAACGUGUAAUGGCAAUGAGUGCAGAGCGUGCGAAGAUGCCAGAACAAGUGAAAGCAGACAGAGCGAAAAACCCAGUGAUGGUCCGAGAUUGUAUCGUUCGGAAGUGAACGUUAAGUAUCGCAUUCUUUAA